UGUGAUUAAACACUUCGGAGGACGAGAUGUGGUUCAAUAUAAUGAGCGAAGAGUUGUUCACAAAUGAGUUGCAAACUAUUGAAUGCAAACAAAUCUCUUCGGACUCGCAUUCAAUCGAUAAUCUCUUCUCAGAUGAUGUCCACAGAAGACGAUUGGGAUUCAGGACUGAGCCGUUUGUUCGGCCACCGCUUGAGAUCACUUUGCGGUCCAGAUAUCGGUUUAAUCUCAAAGAGUUGGAGAUCGGACUCAAGCUUAACGACAAUCAGAGCUCUUCGCUGGAGAUCUAUUCGGCCACCGAUUCUCAAGACUAUCGUCUAAUCGCUCGACAAUACGAUUGCCGGCCAUUCGACGCCCUGUCCCUCAAGAAUGUCUGCUUUCGACUCAAUUCGACAUUAAGU